AUGAAUCCGUGGGUCAAACAAUUUUUACCGUUUGCUGCUUUAGUAGGUGUUGUUGUUGUCACAUUACGCGGCUUUACAUGGAUACGUUAUGACGAUUAUCGACGAAAAGUAAAAACAUAUUCUCGAGACGAAAUAAAAGCUUUAGGAUUUGGUAGUGGAAAAAGUAGUACGACAUUAGAAGAAGAAUAUGAAAAAAUAAUGGAAAACAUUGAUUUAGGUGACUGGAAUCAACCACGAGUGCCGCGACCGUGGACAGAAGAUCCAGAUAGAGAAUAA